GAAUAUAAAGAUUAUUUACAAGAGUAUAAAGAUUUGCGAGAAUAUAAAAAUAAUAGAGAUUAAUUGAGCAUUUAAAAUAAUUGUAAGAUUUAGAAAUUUGAGGAAAAUAAAGGUUUUGUAAGUAUUUGAGAUUUUUAAAUUAAUUCCAUUAAUCAAUAGUUGGAAUUUGACAAAUUAUGUAUUGGAAACUGGAAUAUGUUUAAUCCAAGACCAUCAAGUGGCAUCAGCCACAGCUUUUCCAAAUCCUCGAGCAAACUCGAGAAUACAAACAAACUCGAUCCGCACCCCCAAUCGGCACUGGAAUCACAUAUCACGGAUGCUCCAUUUCAUGCCUCUAAGUUCAAGUCUAACCCGAAGGAUCACAAUUUUAGGGACUUCACGGUUAAUAGAGAUGUGAAUAACUAUAGAGACUAUCCCGUGAACUAUAGAGAAAACUCUGCUAUGGAAAAGAGUACUGAGAUAGCCAGUGGUAUGGAUACUGGGGUGGUGAACAACAGUAUGAUGGACAUGAGCAUGGAGAUGCUAUUUGGGUCGAACAAGAAUGUAUUAGAACUGAGUAGUGACGGAGUAUUUGAGAAAAAUUAUUUAUUACGUUUGAUGUUUACAUUUGAUCGUAUGCCACGGUUAGGUAACAGGAGGACAGGUUCUGAAACGCUGAGAUUUCAUUCUGUGGAUAUAUCAGUAGGAAGAGAACAACAGGAAAACUUCUAUGACAAGUCUGACAAAAUGAAAAAAUUACUCUAUAAACCUCUUUCAAAACGUUUCUUAACAACUAAUCCAUUGGAUGCUAGACUAGAUUCUGGAUUACUAGACACUAAGUUUGCAGAUUCCAAGUUUCCAGACUCCAGACUAGUGGACACCAAGUUCCUUGAUUCCAAGUACUUAAAUUCAAGGUUAAUGGACAACACAAGGAUGAUUGAUGAUAAGUUGAUGAAAGGUGUGAGGAAUUUAGGUAUAAAGCCCAUGUUACGUGGCGAGGAUAAUAUGGAACCCGAUAAGGAAUUCCAAGGUUUCAAUGCUCAUACUAAUACUAACGGCAGUAGUGUGAUGGACAUGGUGAGGCAUUUUUCCAGAGAAUCACAAUCAAAUGAGUUCGGCCAUUUUUCCAAGAUGAACAGCCAUGGCUUCAACUCCGAUCAUAAACUGACAAGAACAUUUUUCAAAAGAGAAUCUAACGAUCAAUCCUUCACAAGACAAUUUUCAAAUAGAGAUUCUAACGACCAAUCCUUCACUCGUCAAUUUAGUAAUAGAGAUUCUAACGACCAAUCCUUUACACGUCAGUUCAGUAAUAGGGAAUCCAAUGAUCAAUCCUUCAGUAGACAUUUUACUAAUAGAGAUUCUAACGAUGUGCAAUUGACUAGACAGUAUAGUAAUAGAGAAAACAAUACAGAUGUAAAGUUGAGUAAUUUAACUAGUUCACUAGUGCAAGGCUUGAACACUAAUUCUUUACCACGUAGCUCUAGUCUCAACGCAUUUAAUCUCAAUACAGAAUUUAGUAAAUCGGGAUUCGACACUAAAUCAGGAUUUGACAAACCCGAGCUUACCAAGUCCGGAUUUGACAAAUCAGGGUUUGAGAAUAAACCAGUGUUUGAUGCCAAGAGUGGAUUUGACACUAAAUCAGGUUUUGAUAAAUCUGAGUUUACCAAGUCUGGGUUCGACAAAACGGGGUUCGACGCUAAAUCAGGUUUCGACAAAACAGGAUUUGACAAAAAUGAAUUUACUAAAUCAGGUUUUGACAAAACAGGAUUUGAUAAAUCCGAGUUUACCAAGUCAGGGUUCGAUACUAAGACUGGAUUUGACAAAUCAGGAUUUGAUAAAAAUGAAUUUACUAAAUCCGGGUUCGACACUAAAACGGGAUUUGAUAAAAGUGGGUUUGAAGUAGAUUAUAUGUUGAGAGAUAAGAAAAACGAAGGAUCGAAGUCAUUUUUGGAAAAAUUACUAGAUAAGCCAUUUGAAACACACCAGUCACAUGCGAAUACUAGUCCUAACACAACAACCACCACCACCACAGCCACUAAGGAUAUAGAUGUGGAUUUGGAAAAGGAUAAAUUGAGCCCAGAAAGCAGUAAGCCACUGUCUAACACUAACCCGCUAACAAGCGCUAAUACGUUAACUAGUACAAAACCACUAAGCAUGGAUAGGCUGACGUCAGAAAUAUUAAGUAGUGAUAGGUUGAGUUCAGAAAGGCUAAGUUCAAAUAGGUUACCAUCAGAAAGAUUGGGAAUGGAAAGAGUAGGAAAAGAAGGCGCAUUUGAAGAUAUGAAGUAUUGGAAUGGUGUGAAUUUGCAAUGGCAGUAUAUGGACCCACAAGGCAUGGUGCACGGGCCAUUUUCGUCAGAUCAAAUGUAUCACUGGUAUGUGAAGAACUUCUUUCACCAGAAUUUACGCAUGAGGUUUAACUCCAAGAUGCCCUGGAUGCCAUUCAAGGAACUGUUUUCACCAAAUUCAAUACCGUUCAAGUCUCUGCCCAAGUUCUUCCUACACAGUCCCAACUUGCCCCCAGUCACACUGCCAAACUCUAAUCUCCUCACAUCAUUCACCGGCACUAAUACUAAUAGUGGUUUGAUGGCAAGUAAUGGUGUUGGUGGAUUACUAGGUAGUAACGCCGCUUUCAAUACUGGCUUAGCAAGUGGCGGUGUUAGUGGACUGGCAAAUCCAGGAGUUACAGGGUUGGGCAACUCUGGAGUCAGUGGAUUAAUGGGAAAUAAUACUAGUUUACUAAGUAGUAAUAGCGGAUUAACUAGUAAUAGUGUUGGCGGACUGGGAAGUUCUGGAGUUAGUGGGUUAAUGAGCAAUGCCAGUUCUAGUAUGAGUAAGAGCAUGGAUAAUGUUUGGAAUUCAAGUCAGAGUACAGUAUACCCCAUCACGUCAAUGGGUAACAUACACCUUUCUACACCCAAGUUGUCUGUUAAUCAUUUGAAAUCACCAACUACCACUCAUGCUCAUAAGGACUUUACCGCUACUAAAGAUUUUACUACCAAGGAUUUGACAAGUACUGCACAGUUAACUACCAUGGAUAAGAGUAAGGAGUUAUCAAAGGAGUUAAUGAGUGACAAGGAUUUGAGUGCCAAGGACUUGAAUGCGACACAGUUAACAAGUAGUACUAAGGAUUUGACAAGUAGUAACGAGUUGAGUAGCAGUAGAGAAAUGAGUAAAGUGGAGAAGAGGUGGAACACCACGACAGUGGAGGUGAGUUCACUAAUGGAGAUAAUGGAGUUGGAAAAGAAGAGUGCAAAGGAAAGGAGCGUAAAGUCGCCGCCGAGACAGCCCCAAACUGGCUGGAACAUGUCUGACGUCGCUCCAAAUAACUUCUCUGAAAGCGAUGACUUCCCGUCACUUGCAACCACUGCAGACACAUCUUCGUCAAAGACUGCCAAGGAAAACGUUGGCAAGAAGUUUGGAAAGCAAAUCACGAUGCCGCUGGAAACCUUUAUAGAGAAACACCCAAUACAACCUCCUCACCUAACAGAGUCGUUCUCAUCAAAACUACUCGGUAAUAAACAUUAAUCUAACACACUCUA